AUGACGAGUAAAACCAGCCAUUUUUUUCCUCUUGGUAAUGUGCGAAUGAGAACACAAGAAUUGGUGAUAACCGUUAUAGUAUUAGGAAGUGCACUGACAUGGAUCUCCAUGUCAGAACUAGAGCUUGCUCACUCUGAAUGCAAUCUUACAAGAUACCCUAAUCUAUGUGCUGAAACCUUGACGGGAUUGGGUUCAGGGAAUCACAAUGUCGAUAACAUUGUGGCUCUUGUUAACAAAACCAUAUAUGAAACCAACUUGUCAAGUUCAUAUUUUGCUGAAUUCAAGAUUAAUGAUGUUCAAGAAGCCCAUUCUGUCGUAGACUAUUGUGAAGAGCUAAUGGGUAUGUCACUGAAAAGGCUGGACCAAUCCAUGAAAGCACUAAAAUCUCCUACAAGAAACAAGAAUGACAUCCAAACAUGGCUAAGUGCUUCUCUAACUUUCAAACAAUCUUGCAAAGACUAUGUAGAUGCACACAGUUCUAAACUUGGCAUCAUGGAAAGCAUGUCCAAGAAGAUGGAGUAUCUUUCUCAAUUGGGAAGCAACUCGUUGUCUCUUGCAAACAGGAUCACCAACAUGCCAAAGAGCACAAAAGCUAGCCACAAACUUGGUGCCAAUGAAAAGGAACAUGAAUUUCCCACGUGGGUAUCAGCCAAGGGGCGAAAACUACUUCAGGGAGCCACAAUAAAAGCAAAUGCAAUAGUAGCACAAGAUGGUUCAGGAAACUACAAGACAAUUUCUGAAGCCAUUGAGGCAGCUUCAGGAACACGGUUUGUGAUUUAUGUUAAGAAAGGGGUGUAUAAGGAGAAGAUUCGCACUAAGAAAGAUGGUAUCACCUUGAUAGGAGAUGGCAAAUAUUCUACUAUCAUUGUUGGUGAUGACAGUGUUGCCAAGGGUGCUACCUUACCUGACUCGGCCACAUUUACAAUCACAGGCGAUGGAUUCGUUGCGCGUGACAUGGGUUUCCACAACAGCGCGGGUCCUGAAGGCCAACAAGCCGUGGCACUGAACAUCGCAUCGGAUCGCUCGGUACUCUACAGAUGCAGCAUAGCAGGGUCCCAAGACACCCUCUACGCCCACGCGCUUCGCCAAUUCUACACAGAAUGUGACAUCCACGGCACAAUAGACUUCAUCUUCGGAAACGCAGCUGCCGUUUUCCAACGCUGCAGCUUGAUCCUUCGUCGGCCCCACAGUGGAGGCUACAACGCCGUUUUGGCAAACGGAAGAACAGACCCAGAACAGAACACUGGGUUCUCUGUUCACAAGUGUAGCAUAACACCCGGUUCUGAUUUAUCGCCAGUGAAACGCUCGUUUAGUUCGUUUUUGGGGAGGCCUUGGAAGGAGUAUUCAAGAGCGAUAGAUAUGGGGUGUAGCAUAGAUGAUGCUAUUGCAGCGAGGGGUUGGAUUGAGUGGCCUGGUUCUGGAAGCUCUGCGUUGAGAACUUUUGCAGAGUAUGGUAACGAAGGGCCUGGUGCUGGAACUUCCAAGAGAGUGCUGUGGCCUGGGUUUCGUCUUCUGGGAGCUGAUGAGGCUGUUAAGUUCACUGUUGCUAGUUUCAUCGCUGGAAAUUCAUGGAUUCCUUCUUCUGGUGCACUUUCAUUUCGGGGCUCACUUGAGUGUGCUUAA